AUGAACAUCACCAUCACCGUACCGCCGGGAACCGUCAACCAUGGCGACCCAAGACUCAUUUGUACGCCUCCCAUCUGGACCGACUUUGUCAUCUUUUACGCAACAAACUACUUCGUCCACGCCCUCACCCUCCCCAGCCGUCCCGGCGAAUCCAUCCUCGAGACCUGCUUCACCGUCCUGACGGCCCUCUUUCUACCCAGCACCGGCUCCCUGCGCGCCGCCCGCUGGCUCCUCUCCCACGCCGGCACGGUUAGGCGCGACGAGCUCAGUCGGGCUAUCAGGGCCGGGGCGCUAUGCAUGGUCGUCGACGAGACGGAGAGGUCCAAGGUCUCGUGGAUAGAAACGUCCUUGAGGCGGAUGAACUUUGAGAGGGCGCGAAGCUGGUACGAUAUCCCCACCCCCCAAUGGUAUCGCUCUCGCUUUCGCGGCGCUGGUCGGUGGGUGCACUCUUCCCGGACCAUCCACGGGACCUGCGUCCUGCCCAAGGGCUUCAUCUUGGUCGAGGUGCCCGUAGGCACGCCCCUGAUGCCGCCUCCCGGCUCGGGGGCCGCCCACCUCGACCGCUCCAACAUCCAGCUGGGCAGCACGUACAACAUCCCCAAGGCGUUGUUCGCCCUGGGCCAAGCCGCGUGGGGCGUGACGACCGUCUACCGCACGCAGGGCGACCAGCUCCAGCGGUAUGGCUAUGCCGCCUUCGGCGUGACUGUGGCGCCGUAUGCGUUCAUGUCUCUCGUCAAUCUCAUUGCGCUCCUUGUCACGCCAGAGUACAACUGUAUCUACCUCGUCCAUACCCCCGACCUCGACAAGGCGAAGAGGUUGGGGGGCAGGUUCUCCGGCAUGGUUGCCAGCGUCGACCUCGACAGCAUCAAGGAGCCGUUGCGGACCUUUUGGCCCUCUCAAGCGGCUCAUGCGUCGUACUUUGCCGUCACGACGGUACUUCUCCUAAUGCCGGCCAUCCUCGUCGCGGGCGUGACUGGGUUCAGCCCCGGGCACAGCACUAUCUACCAGCAAGUUUGGAUUCUCAGUUGGCUCAUCUUUGGCAUCGUCAUGGGUCCGGUCAUCAGGAUGCUCACUGUGUUUCCCUCUGAGAUUCACGGCGUUUACAAGAUUCGUGCGAACGACGCGAUAGCGUAUGCUCUUGAUAGGGCGACGUUCAUGCAGCGGGCGAUAGACUGGCUGGUUGCAAAGUAUUUCCGCAUCAUUGAGACGUCGUUCUAUCUCUAUGUCAUCAUUGGAGCAGCGAUUUGCUUUACUCCUGCGAUAGGGGGCAUGGUUGUCGUUGGGCAGAUGUUGCAGGAGUUCGGUGUGUGUAGACGGCUAGAUACGACUGGACAAGGAGGUUUUUAG